UUUAGGUACCGCCCCCCUUUCUUGUUGCUUGGCGACACAGGCCGCCGCCUCUACCAAGUGAAUCGCAGAGGUAGCGGUUCCCGGAGGACUGAGACGGUUUUGAGAUCCCAGAAAACCGACCGGAUCGGAGCUCACGCUUGCUGAGACGUCAGAAGUCACAGUAGGAUUAUGUCCUCCAGGGCAGGAGGAAGAGUUCAGAGACUGACGCAGUAGCACCAGAGCGGUGGUGGACCUGAGCCACUUGUUGGCUACUUGAACCUAGAUCCCAACUAGGAGCUUCAAGCCUGGGACUCCUUGCUGAAAAAGAUGUUUAACCUAAACCUGCCACCAGAUCCCAAGGAGGUGGCGGCCAUUGAGGCUAGAAGAAAUCGAGAAAGAGAGCGACAAAACCGAUUCUUUGAUGUGCGGACCCGAGUCAUAGGGGUGGAUGUUAGAGCGCUGAACAGCCAGGUGCAAGAGCAGAAGCUUCGGGAGGCAGCAGAGCGGAGCAAGGAGGCAGCUUACGGUGCCAACCAGGUGCACUUUGACCUGGUAGCCCAGAUGCUGCAGAAGAAAGAGGAAGAACGAAAACGUUGGCUGCCCCAAAAAGUCCAGGAGUUUCCAGCACAGGGGCAGCAGCUCAAAAAGAUGCAUGAAUUUUGCCUUUGGGAUCCAGACCAACCAUGGAAGGGGUAUUCAGCCUGUCGCGGUGACACUAAGCCCCAAUGUGGCCCAGCCAGCAUGCAGUGCCUCUCUAGGGAGGACUUGGACAGGACCACGUGCCGGAGAAUGCAGCAGGAGUUCAAGCACAGCCUGGAGAAGCAGGUGAAGGAGCAACAGCAAGCCAGGGCUGAAGAAAUCAGUGCAGAUGAGCUCAGAGACAAGCUGCGCCUAGCUGUGGACACGCGGGCCGCCCAGCUGGCCAAGCUGGAGGAGUCCUGUUGCAAAGCCAUGAGGUAUGCCGUGGCCAACGCCAACAAAGUCCAGGCAGCUGAGCAGGCCGAGAGAAAGCGGCAAGAGCAUCAGCGUGAACAGGCCACCAGCUUCAAGGAUAUCCAGCACCAGGUCAACAGUGGCCUCCUGACUGGGAAACACCAUAUCACCCAGCAUGCUGAGGCUCCCUCCCAGGUCCUGCCCCAUUCCUGGAAGGGCAUGACUCCAGAGCCAAGAACUACCAUCAAGAAAUUCCAGGAGGCCCAAUGUCAUGAAAAGCAGGCACAGCGCCAGGCCGAAAAAGCACUGGAAGCCCAAUGGGGAAGCCAGGCCAUUAACCUGGCCCAAGCAGCCUUGGAGCUAGAAGAGCAGGAGAAGGAACUGUGUGCUGAAUUCCGGAGGGGGCUGGGCUCCUUCAACCAGCAGCUGGCUCAGGAGCAAAAGGCCCAGCAGAAUUACCUGAAUUCAAUAAUCUACACCAAUCAACCUACGGCCCAUUACCUACAGUUCAACACCAGUAGCCGCUGAGCUCAAGAUGGUUGGCUCUUCCUCCCCCUACCCCCAUCAAACUCACAGAAGCUAGGAGUCAAAAAAGAAAAUGCUACAGACCUCUGACCACAAUCCAUUCCCCAGAGAUAGCUGAGCCAGUACACCCACCUUUGAGCCUAGGUAAUAAAGUUGUUCACUAAAAUCAAG